GCGGGUCCUGUGAUUUGCCUCCCGAAGGAUGCAGACCUGAAUGUGGCACGACUGAUCGAUCACGCGAAGGAGGCGCGUCUGCUUGAGGGUUAGAAAACAGUAAAGGUUUUCGGGGAGGUGGUGGGCUGGAAAGCCCUCGGUGUCUACGCCUGUAUAUCGAGACGGUCGAGCUGUGUGAUACCUAAUGUCCCUUCCAGGUCAUCAAGACAAUCAGGAUUCCAGAAUUUUCAUCCACUGGUCUGGCGUUUUGUCACCUCCCUGCAGCCUCCUUCCAUGGUGAUACAAAGGGGUUGUAUUAGUUCCUUUCAGCUCUAACGUCUCCCAGAGGAAAAGGGAGGGAAAGAAAGUGCGCAGUAUAUUUGGACAACGGGACCGAUUCUCACUCACCUGCUCUUCUCAAUGCCUUGCACACAGAGAGUGCCCAAGAGAUGUUUGAACUAUUUUGAGAGCUGUCUAAGCUUGCGUGCGGAGGAUUCAGAGAAGAAAGUGUGGCGUGGCGUGCUGAAGUGGGGAAGGGAGAGGCUGUUGAAGGCUGGGGCCAAUCCGGAAGGACUAAUCCUCGAGGGCAGUAUGUUGUCAGAUGUGAAGUCGGAGAAUGGUUGCCCCCAGCUUCUAGAAGAGUUAGCUUGGCGGCCAGGAGGGAAGCGGGUUGGAGGAGGGUAUGUAGUCCUAACGACAAAGCACCACGAAGGCUUCACAAACUGGCCAAGCCCUGUAUCUUGGAACUGGAACUCUAAGGAUGUGGGUCCCCAUCGUGAUUUGGUGGGUGAGUUGGGAAAAGCCCUCCGGAAGAGGAACAUACGUUACGGACUCUAUCACUCACUUUUAGAAUGGUUCCACCCACUCUACCUACUUGAUAAGAAAAAUGGCUUCAAAACACAGUAUUUUGUCCGUGCAAAAACAAUGCCAGAGCUAUAUGACCUUGUUAACAGGUAUGAACCUGACUUGCUUUGGUCUGAUGGAGAGUGGGAAUGUCCUGAUACUUACUGGAACUCUACGGUGUUUCUUUCUUGGCUCUACAAUGAUAGCCCAGUCAAGGAUCAGGUAGUGGUAAAUGACCGGUGGGGUCAGAAUACUUCCUGUCACCAUGGAGGAUACUACAACUGUCAAGAUAAAUUCAAGCCAGAGAUCUUGCCAGAUCACAAGUGGGAAAUGUGUACCUCCAUAGACAAGAUCUCCUGGGGCUUUCGUCGUAACAUGGUGAUGGGGGACAUUGCAAGUGACUGUGAAAUCAUUUCGGAACUGGUUCAGACCGUGAGCUUGGGAGGCAACUACCUUCUCAAUAUUGGACCAACUAAAGAUGGACUGAUUGUUCCCAUCUUCCAAGAAAGACUUCUUGCUGUUGGGAAGUGGCUGAACAUCAAUGGGGAGGCUAUCUAUGCCUCUAAACCAUGGAGGAUACAACUGGAAAGGAACACGACGUCCGUGUGGUAUACCUCAAAAGGAACAGCUCUUUAUGCCAUUUUCCUGCACUGGCCAGAAAAUGGAGUCUUAAACCUUGUAUCCCCUGUAACUACCUCGACUACACAGAUAACAAUGCUGGGGAUCCAGAAAGAUCUGAAGUGGUCCACAGGUCCAGAAGAAGGUCUGCUCAUUUAUCUGCCCCAGUUACCACUCUUUACUCUGCCAGUUGAGUUUGGUUGGACUAUCAAGCUGACAGGAGUGCAUUGAUCAUUGGAGUUCAGGCAGAACUGCCUCCUAUUUGCUGCUUUGGUUUUCCUCUUAUAGCACCGUCAUUGUAAUAAACUACUUCUCUACUCAGCGAUGGCUUUUCCAACACAUUUUAAUCAAAGGAACUGAGUGCAUUAUACUGAUGUCUCAAUGGAUCAGAGAUCUGAGAUCCAUUGCUAGCAUACCUCUCCCUGAUCAGCAGGAGGCAUAACCAGUUAAGCUCUGAAUUCAUCCUUCUAUUCCUAACCUGGGAAAUUAUCUAUCCCGGAAACUUCCCUCCAUUUUCUAUGUUUGAAACCUGUCUCCUUAAUCAAUGACUUCAGAUAAGGAAUGAGCCAAGUCACCCUAUUGCCUAUGGAAGGAGGUGAAAAGGAUUUGGCAAGUUCAACCAUACGCUGUGUUUUUAGCAUCAGUUGUCACCAGCACCACUCGGAGAGGAAGAGAACCUGGAAGGGAAGGAAAAGGCUUGCUAGGGCUGCUAGUGAUCAGCCCUUUGGAAGUUUCCAAAGCAAACUAGGGGCUCAGAAAGUCAGUCUGUUUACAGUGAUCUUAUGAAGAAAAGGAAUGUGAUUCUGCCCUGCUUUUUAAAAUAUCAAAUAAAUAAAUUUUUAUGUCAGAUCGUUUCUACCAAAAA